GACUGCGACGCUCUGACAUCAGAACAAAGAUGGCUGCGUCCUGCAGACUUUCCCUCGUACCCUAAAUUUUUGCGCCUAGCUCGGGUCAGGUUUAGAGUCACACUCGGCCUUUCUCCAGCCAUGUUUUCUCUCCGAAAUUGCGGUCUCUGGGUCGCGGCCUCCCUCACCAAAAAGCGCCUUACGUUGGCCCGGUUCAGCGGUGACAGCGCGGCGCCCUUGGCUACGAAGUUUGACGUGAUAGUCAUCGGCGGAGGACAUGCCGGGACCGAGGCAGCCGCCGCCGCUGCUCGUUGCGGCUCCCGGACCCUGCUACUCACCCACCGCGUGGACACGAUCGGUCAGAUGUCCUGUAAUCCUUCCUUUGGUGGCAUUGGCAAAGGGCACUUAAUGAGGGAAGUUGAUGCCUUGGAUGGGCUUUGUUCUAGAAUCUGUGACCAGUCUGGUGUACAUUACAAAGUAUUAAACCGGCGUAAGGGACCAGCUGUUUGGGGUUUGAGAGCUCAAAUUGAUAGGAAACUCUAUAAGCAGAACAUGCAGAAAGAAAUCCUAAAUACACCGCUGCUUACUGUUCAGGAGGGAGCUGUAGAAGAUCUUAUUCUUACAGAACCAGAGCCUGAGUACACUGGGAAAUGCCGUGUCAGUGGCGUGGUUUUAGCGGAUGGAAGCACAGUACAUGCAGAGUGUGUGGUUCUGACUACUGGGACGUUCUUGAGAGGCGUGAUUGUAAUUGGAUUAGAAAUGCAUCCAGCAGGACGUUUAGGGGAUCAGCCUUCCAUAGGGUUGGCUCACACUCUGGAGAAGUUGGGGUUUGUGGUGGGAAGACUGAAGACUGGGACUCCACCCCGAAUUGCCAAAGAGUCCAUUAAUUUCAGCAUUCUAAACAAGCAGACACCAGAUAAUCCAUCCAUACCAUUCAGUUUUAUCAGUGAGACAGUGUGGAUUAAGCCAGAAGAUCAGCUGCCAUGUUACUUGACUCACACCAACCCUAAAGUGGAUGAGAUUGUCCUUGAGAACCUUCACCUUAAUAGUCACAUUAAGGAAACUACAAGAGGACCCCGAUACUGUCCAUCCAUUGAAUCAAAGGUUUUGCGUUUUCCAAACCGUCUUCAUCAGGUUUGGUUGGAACCUGAAGGAAUGGAUUCUGACCUCAUCUACCCCCAAGGGUUAUCUGUGACGCUACCAGCUGAAUUACAGGAGAAAAUGAUCACGUGCAUCAAAGGCUUGGAGAAAGCUAAAAUGACUCAGCCAGGUUAUGGUGUUCAGUAUGAUUAUUUAGACCCCCGUCAGAUCACUCCUUCUCUUGAGACUCAUUUGGUGCAACGGCUCUUCUUUGCUGGCCAGAUAAAUGGCACUACUGGUUAUGAGGAAGCUGCAGCUCAAGGUGUGAUAGCUGGAAUCAAUGCAAGUCUUCGGGUCAAACGCAAGCCUCCUUUUGUCGUUAGCCGAACAGAAGGCUAUAUAGGAGUCUUGAUUGAUGACCUCACCACACUGGGUACCAACGAACCAUACCGCAUGUUCACGAGCCGAGCAGAGUUCCGUUUGUCACUGCGCCCUGAUAACGCCGACAGCAGGCUCACGUUCCGAGGGUAUAAGGAAGUUGGCUGUGUGUCCCAACAACGAUAUGAAAGAGCUUCUUGGAUGAAGUCUUCUUUGGAAGAAGGCAUUUCUGUGCUAAAAUCCAUUGAGUUUUCAAGUUCUAAAUGGAAAAAGUUAAUUCCAGAGGCUUCUAUAAGUAUUGGUAAAAGUCUGCCUCUCAGAGCUCUAGAUGUUCUGAAGUAUGAGGAAGUUGACAUGAAGUUAUUAGCCACAGCUGUUCCAGCGCCCUUGAAGAAGUACAUUACAUGUAGAGAACUAGCUGAAAGACUGAAAAUAGAAGCCAUUUAUGAAUCAGUGUUGUUCCAUCAGCAACAACAAAUAAAGGAAGUUCAGCAAGAAGAAGCUCUCCAACUGCCAAAAGACUUAGAUUAUUUGACUCUCAGAGAUGUGUCUUUGUCUUAUGAAGUUCGAGAGAAGCUACAUUUCAGUCGCCCAGAGACGAUUGGGGCUGCUAGUCGUAUACCUGGAGUGACACCUGCUGCCAUCAUCAAUCUGCUCCGAUUUGUGAAGACCACUCAGCAGAGACAGGCGGCUAUGGAUGAAUUGCCCAACACUGACCAAUACUUGUGCGAGACAGACAAACUGGAAGAAAGACACUUAUAGCUUUGUAUUCAUAGAAGACUUUUAAAUAGUACAAGCAGAGAGAGGAGAUAAGUACUGUAUUUUGGUUUCAGCACCUGUUAAAAUAACCUUAGGUUAUUAUGGAUUUAUCAUUAAUUUAUGAAGAGGGCAAAGAUUAUAAUAACUGUGCUUCUUUAUCUGAGAAAGUUAUAAAGUCUUCAUUUAUACUCUUCAUCUUAGGUGCUCUAAUACAGUGAGCAUAUUAAUGUAACGGGAGUAUUCAUCAAACAGAGAUCAUAGUGGAUCCACAACUAAACCAGAAAAAAAAACUUCAGCUUGCAGAUUUGCUUACUCAUAAAGACUUUGUCCAUUAAAUGUUACCAAAGUAAAAGUCUUAUGUUUCAACCUGUUUUGAAAGUUAGUAGUCUUUUGCUUGGAUAAAGAGGCGAUUUCAAAGCCCUCAAAUUCUUAGGGCUUCAAAUUUGAAACUAUACAAAAUCAUCUAGAAUUAGCCAGUUGAUUUCCAACAUUUAAAAAUGUAGUAUGUAGGGCGAAAGUUGACUUCUAAGAUUCCUACACUUCUCCAGGAAAUCCUCACCAGUAAUUAUCUUUGAACAUCAAUGAAUAUCUUGUAAAAUAGAUCAGAAAUGAUCAUAGUUUCCUUUGAUCCACAAUAUGGAAAAGUUUUUGGCAACCUGGUUAAAGGGAAAAUAAAGGUAGUUACUUCAUA